CUCAAUCCCAGAGCUUCAUCGGAGGAAGCCAGCUUUGUAGAACACAACUGAAGGAAUAUUUUACAUUGAGAUAUUUUCCAUAUAUUUGACCCUUUGUUGUUUUAAGACACUUCGAGUUUCUAGGGGUUUUUUUUUCGUGCGAGUGUUCCCAAUGGCGCUAAAACAUUUGCGGACACUGGCACCACUUUUAGGGUCUAAUUAUCAGCGUAAAACGUUUGGAAAACGGUUCGUGAAGACAACUUUAGUUUUAGUGAAAUCCUGCAGCGCUCAGAGCGGGGGCGAAGACACGGCGAGAGCUGCAGGUCAGACUGUGGUCUCAGAGAGAAGGGGAUCCGUGGUUACUGUGGCAGUAAACCGGCCCGAGGUGCGUAAUGCGGUGAACCAGGAGACAGCGAGGCGUCUGCUGGAGGAGCUGAAGGCCUUUGACAGCGACCCAGGCUUGAACGUGGCUGUGCUUCAUGGGAAAGGAGGGAAUUUCUGCGCUGGUUAUGAUCUGAAAGAGCUGGCCAAUCACACGGGCCCCUCCAAAUUGGAGCAAGAUGUCACUAAGGGUCCCGGUCCAAUGGGCCCGUCCCGUCUACAGCUGUCAAAGCCGCUGAUAGCAGCAGUGAGUGGUUUUGCCGUGGCCGGAGGGUUGGAGCUGGCUCUGCUGGCAGAUCUGAGAGUGGUGGAGGAGAGCGCCGUCAUGGGGGUGUUCUGUCGCAGGUUUGGAGUUCCAUUGAUCGAUGGAGGCACGGUGCGCCUCCCACGUCUGAUUGGUCUAUCAAGAGCGCUCGACCUGAUUCUGACUGGACGACCAAUUGGAGCUCAAGAGGCUCUCGCAUAUGGACUGGCCAAUAGAGUCGUUCCUGAUGGUCAAGCUUUGGAGGCGGCUCUGCAGCUAGCAGAACAGAUCGGCUCCUUCCCUCAGCAGUGUCUGCGGGCCGACCGCGCCUCAGCCAUGUACAGCUGCUACGAUGCUCCGUCUUUCACACAGGCCAUGCAGUAUGAAAUCGACCACGGGAUUCCCGUCAUCCAAGCAGAAGCUGUUCCCGGGGCACUCAAAUUUACUUCUGGAGUAGGAAGAGGAGGAAAAUUCUCCUAGAAUUUAGCUUGAAGUGUGAUUCCAGGUGAUCCAACACAUCCUGUUGUGUCCACUUUCAAACUCUUACGAGUUGAAAGCAGGUUUUUUUUUUUUUUAAAUAAACGCUGUAGAGCUGUACUCACUUCUACUUUAGAAUUACGUAACGAGGAGUAAUUCUUGUGAAAUAUGAAAAAAAAAAUUAACAUUUAAAUUUCAGUUUAAAAUUUGGUUUGUUGUGAGUUGCAGCUGUGUUCGGCACCAUUUUCUCCCUCAGUCUGCACGUGAUGUUUUCAGACUGAGGCCCACAGCUAACACAGCUAACCCCCAGAUUACUUUCAGUGAUGUCAUACAUGAAGCAACAGGUACUUUUUAAUUAAAUAAGAUGUUGCUGAUCUGAGUUGCCUCUAAUAGCCCGCGGACUGAUUUCUACCUGAAGGACUCUGGAUGGAUUUUCCCAAUAAAAUCCACACAAUGUGAUUUUUAUACUCACCUCUGGGUGCCUUACCAUAAUAUCUGUCCAUUUUAGCACCAAUAGUGUGCA